UUCUCUCACACCACGAAGGAAACUUCGGAUACACAUUUCCAGAGGACUAGAAACAAGCUAGCGCUAUGUCGUGAGUUAGCUCCCAAAAGGCGUCAUUGCUAUCCGAAAAGGGAACAAGGUCUAAGAAUCAACGCCACUAGCCAUCCGUCACUUGCACUCUAAACCGCCUUUGACAAAACUCAACCCAGACGCUUGGCUCGGCCUCAGGAACAGAGUACAGAAUGGGGUCUUCCCAUUACCAUUUACCUGACCAAGGCGGGUAGAGGCUCUACAGGGGUUGGCCCUCUUCACUCUUCGGCCUUUGACUAUGGGGGAAGGAUUAUUAACCAAGGGCCCCGCUACCGGUCCAUUUUUCCCUCUCUCUUCAAGUCCCCGAACGUAUCUGGGCUUUCGGGCUUGAUUCACUAAGCAGACCCGAGAACUUGGCAAAUUCGAUAAUCUUCCCAGACGUUUGAACUCUUCUGUGGUAGUUUUGGCUUUGGACUGUAUAAGUUCGUCCCGAGACAGCUCGAAGAGUUGGAAGAUUUUGAACUUCCACCACGCAUCACCACCUCAUCCUCGCUUAACCAGUCAUAGAAGAGAAAACCUCUCAUAUAUACAACACACACCCACCAAACUCCCAGCUUGCAGCAGUUCGUCCCAGAACGCUCCCGCGGGACAGAAACACACGCACACAUACACACACACUCACUCACACAUCCACAGCCGACCAAGCCAUGGCAACAACGGCUCUCUCUGGCGCCGCUUUCGGCGCCGCCUUGGUAGCGGCAGGCGUCUACCAGCCCUCAGUCAUCAUCGCCCAGCUCAAGUUCGAGAACUGGCACAUGAUCCAGGCCUUCCUCGCAGCCGCAGCAAGCAGCACCGUCUUCGUCCUCGUACUGGACCAGGCGGGCUACGUCCGCCCCAAGCCCCGCAGCCCCUCACGUCUAGGCCUCUUCUCCCAGUACGACGGUAACAUCCUCGGCGGCUCCAUUCUCGGCGCCGGCAUGGCCAUCUCCGGGUCCUGCCCCGGCACUGUCCUUGCCCAGAUCGCCGUCGGCACCAAAUCCGGCGUCUACGUCCUCGGCGGCGCCAUCUUAGCCGGCAUCAUGUGGACCGGCUUCCUUCAGAAACUCCUCACCAGCAACGCCAGCUCGGCACCGCCCGAGAACCCCAAGCUCACAGUCCACGAGCGUGCCGGUCUGAGCAGAGCCGUCGCUUUCGUCGGCGUGGAGGCCCUUUUCGCGGGCGUCAUCUACGCCAGCAUGAAGUAUACUCCCGCCAGCCCCUACGCCGUCGUCGCUCCCACCAUCGGCGGACUCCUGAUCGGUCUGGCGCAGCUUCUCUCGCUGCUCUCCCGCAAGUCCAUGCUCGGUGUGUCGACUUCCUACGACGAAAUUGGACGGUACUUCUGGUGGGCGGUCCAGGGCGGCGGCGAAAAGGGGAAGCCGUCGUAUAGCAACAUUCUCUUCUCUGCGAGCUUGGCUGCCGGCGCGUGGGCUGUCGCGACAGCAUACCCCGAGUUUGCCCUUGGUGCCGCUGAUACGGCUGUCUCGCCACAGCUGGCGGUGGUAGGAGGUUUUCUUAUUGGUCUUGGAUCGAGAAUCGGUGGGGGUUGCACUUCUGGACACGGACUCAGCGGCAUUUCCCUCUUCUCAACUGCCAGCUUCAUCACAGUUGCCUCCAUGUUCGGCGCUGGCGCCCUCGUUGCCUCUUUUGUCUGAUGCAAGCCGUGUCUGGGGAACUCAUUAUUGUCGAAAUGACGCCUACAAGGGCCAGUAGUUGUCAUGUCCUGGAGCGGCUUGGCGAAUUUUCACUUCUCCUCUUGUGCAGUUGCGCAGCGAAAAAGGUGGAACUGCCACCACAUUAAGGUGAUCGGCCGCGUUUACGACCGUAUAGCCGCCAGUCG